CAUAAAUAUAUAUCUCGAUGACCUGCCUGACGGUUCAGGCACCAUUUCUUGGCUCCCGAUGGCUACACGGUAUGCUCUCUUCUUAUCAAUCACUGCGGAUUUGAUCCGCGCUGACGGAAUCGGUGCAGAUCCAUGGCUCGCCCCCCUUGAUUGAGCCUAUCCCAGGCAAUCCAGACCACUCAAGGGCGCCGAGUGGGUCUUCGACUAGCCAGGUUGAGUUCAUUUUUUCCAUUAAGUCAUUAAUGCGACGGAUUCUUAAAGAAGCUGAGCCCUCCGCUGCUCUUCCCUGCAAAAGUCUGCGUUUCACUGGUGUGCGAGGAAAGAUUCGUUCGGAGAAUAGAAGGUGUUCUCGGAGAUGGAGUCUUCUCGUGGCAACGAUCCCCGAGAUCCAUCGUUCUCAUCCAGUAACUCCGAAUCCGACGUCCGUGGCGAAUUGCACGAGAAACCGACCGAGGACAAUGACGACCCCGAAGCCCUGGCCCGAGUCGAAACCUCCCAUUCGGCCAUAGAGCCCCCCAAGACGCUAUGGCAGGAGGUCCCGUUUAUCAUGGUGGUCUGCAUGGCCCAGUUUAUGACCCAGGCCGGCCUGGCGAUCUCCAUCGCUCCGGUGUACAUCAUCGGGGAAAGCUUCAACACGUCCAGCCCGGGUGAACUGAGUUGGUUCGCAGCCGCUUAUAGUCUGACGGUCGGCACGUUUAUUCUCGUCGCUGGUCGUCUCGGCGAUGUCUUCGGUCAUCGCCUGAUGUUCGUCAUCGGUUUUGCGUGGUUCGGCUUGUGGUCACUCUUGGGCGGCUUCAGCGUCUGGUCCAACCAGCUGUUUUUCGACUGCUGCCGUGCCUUCCAGGGCAUUGGACCGGCCAUGUUGUUGCCAAACGCGAUCGCCAUAUUCGGGCGCACCUAUCCGCCCGGUCUGCGCAAGGAGAUGGUCUUCUGUUUAUUCGGCGCCACGGCGCCUGGCGGAUUCAUCGUCGGCGGCGUAUUCUCGUCCAUCUUUGCCCAGCUCGUCUGGUGGCCCUGGGGAUACUGGGUUAUGGGCAUCAUGUGCUUUGUCUUCGCGGCGCUUGGCCUGAUCGUCAUUCCCUACACCCCUCGCCCCCGAUUCAGAGACACCAUGCCCAUCUGGGUCCGACUCGAUCUCCUCGGUGCCGCGGCAGGAAUCUCCGCCCUCGUCUUGAUCAAUUUCGCAUGGAACCAAGCCGCCCUGGUGGGGUGGAAAACACCGUACACCUACGCGCUCCUGAUCGUCGGUUUCAUUCUCAUGGGCAUCUUCGGCUUCGUCGAGCGCUCCGCCCCGUGUCCUUUACUCCCCAAGUCCGUCCUAACCGGCGACCUAGCCUGGGUGCUCGGAUGCAUCGCAGCAGGCUGGUCCAGCUUCGGCAUUAUCAUCUACUACUUCUACCAGUUCAUGCUGGUCAUUAAGGGCAACACGCCGCUUCUCACGACCGUCAAAUUCGUUGCCGCCGCACCCUCCGGCGCCAUCGCUGCCCUGGUAACCGGAUUCCUUCUUUCUCGACUACCCCCAAGCGUCAUCAUGUUCUGCGCCAUGUGCUUCUUCACCGCUGGAUUGUCUAUCUUCGCUACCGUCCCUGUCUCCCAGACCUACUGGGCCCAGGCCUUCGUCGUGAGUCUAAUAACCUGCUGGGGAAUGGACAUGUCCUUCCCUUCCGGCACACUCAUCCUCAGCAACUCCAUGCCGCGCCAACACCAAGGUCUCGCCGCCUCUCUCGUCACCACGACUGUCAACUACUCCAUCUCCCUAGGCCUCGGGUUCGCAGGCACCGUCGAGUCGAAUGUCAACCGCGGCGGUAGAGACGAGCUUAGAGGGUACAGGGGCGCGCUGUACUUGGGGAUCGGGUUUGCAGGGCUUGGGUUACUCGUGUCGGUGGCUUUCAUGGGCGUUAGUUGGAGGAGGUAUCGGAGGGGGAAGAAGGAGGGUUGAGUUGUUGGUGAUGGAUUGUGGGUGAGGAUUGUAUGAUAGAUUGGAAGUGAGGGUAAUGGAGGCAGGGGAGUGAUGAUGGAUUAGAUUAUUGGGUUUAUUGUAUAUUAAUAGAUGGUGACUUAGAUGGAGAUUGGCUGGAUAUACACUCCUGUUGACUAGAGCCAGUAUCUGGAACCCGU